AGUUUGGUUCUUAAAAUUUGAAUAGCAUAGGAAAAUAAAUUAUAAUUAUCCAAUUUUUAGAAGUUACGCACGUAUUUCAAUUGAAGGAUCUUGUAAUAAAUAGUUAUUAAACCUAUAUAGACGUUUUGUGUAGAUGAAAAGUAUUUCGGGCUGCUCUUUUUUUCAAAAAAUUUCAUUCAUCAUUUAGUGCCGAGUAAAUGAAGAUAAUAAAAUGUGAGGCUUAUUCUCCUUUAGAGAAGGCGGUCUUGUUGUUCGAUGACUCUUUUUUCGGUGCUGAGUCGUCCUGCUCGUCUGUGCUAAAAGCAUCUAGUCCCCUAUUAUGGAGAAGAGCCAAGGAGAUUUGCCAUGGCAAUUUUUUGUCUUCUGUGUUUAUUCCAGGUUCACCGGAGUCAAGGAUCUUUGAAGAGCUUAGAGCGAUUGGUGCAGUUUCCUCGUUUGGAAAAGUUGCGGUUCAAACGCUGGAAAAGUUGAUCGGAGGUUUUCUUUUGGAGAAUAGAAAUGUCGAGUCUCACUUGUCUAUUUUGCUUGCGGGCGUUGCGGCCCUUAUGGUGUUCGUUCAGUCGAAUUGGACGGGGCCACCGAUCGACUGUGACAGAAAGACUGAAAACAUUAUACCGUUUGUGACGAGAGAGCAGAUACUCGAUGAGCUGGAAUUUAAUGGGGAAACCGUGUAUAAAAAAACCGUGUUUCCGCAUUAUCUGGUAAUGGCCAAAGCGGUUCUUAUUGCGAAUAUAUCGAAUAUCGAUUUUUGCGAAAGCCGUUUUUGGUGGUCUGCCAGGUGCGCUCUAAAAAUCCAAGAAAUUCUCACGGGACCUUCUGACAAGUUGAGGGCGUUGCAAGUCUUUGGAUAUUCGAAGUCGGCCAGUAUUUAUGGGGAUUCUCCUGAAAUUUUCCUCGAGCAGGCUGCUAUGUGCCACCAAUAUCAAGACUUUAGACCCGCCGUUGAAUACGCGCUCAAGGCCAUGCAGUCUACGGGUCUUCAAUGUAACUUGUCGGGCGUUAUGGGGAGAAGGACCAAGUACCAAACGUUUGAUACGCCGCAGCUCGUUUUGCUGGCCAAGUCCCUUAAUGGGGCUGCGCACAAGCCCGAUCGAGAUCGCCCUCUGGACUCUGAGUCGGCAUUGGUUGCGCCGCUGUUUGCGGAUGUCUUGUCCGAAUCCAGUGAAGACAUUCGGCUCAAGGCGCUUUCCGUUUCAGAGGAAACUUGCUCUGAGUUGAUAAGAGGUGAAUUGAGUACGAUUGAUCAGUGCAUCAUUAUGUGUCUCUGUCUGGGCAUAAAGAGCGAAAGCCCCCCUCAUGGCCUUACUUGGGAGCAGAUGCAAGCUUACGUUGACAGGGUUGUGAUGCACCCGAAGAAUUGGCUGGUUCAUUCGACGGCGCUUCUGUUCAAAGCUCGCUUGGAGGUCAAAAACAAAAAAUAUAUGGAUCGCGCUGCCUUGCAGAUGCAAGUGCUGGUUGACCAGUUCAGAGAUGGGGACGCGGCCAAGGACUACCCGGCUGCGGUUCGUUGCAGGUAUCUUUUCCAACUGUGCUUUCCGCCUCUGUUCCAACUUAAGAAAGAGAUUGCCGCCGUCUAUUUGAACCUAGGCGUCAUAAAGAGUGCCAAACAACUCUUUGAAGAAUUGGAGAUGUGGAGUGAGGUGAUAGAGUGCAUGCAAUACUGCAACGAGGACGAGAAGGCCAGAGAGCUCAUAAGUCGUCUGAUAGAAGCCGAGGGCGAAACUCCUGAGUUGCUGUGCUUUUUGGGAGACGUAGAAAGCGUUUUGAAAGACAAAGUUGCUCUUUACUGCCGGUGUUGGGAGGUUUCCAACAACAGGUACACUCGCGCUAAGCGUGAGCUUGGAAGGCUGUGCAUGAACCAGAGGGACUACGAAGGCGCGAUUACUCAUUUUCAGGUGGCUUUGAAAAUCAACCCGCAGCACGCUGACUGCUGGUUUAGAAUGGGCUGUUGCGCCCUUCAAAUUGCGAAUUGGAACUUGGCGCACCAGGCGUUUUCGUGGGUAACGUCCCUACGUCCGGACGACGGAGAAGCGUGGAGUAAUCUGGCGGCGUCUUGCUUCAAGUCCGGCAAGUUGGACGCCGCGCAUUCGGCCUUCAAGGAGGCGCUGAAGCAUCACCCGGAGAAUUGGAGAAUUUGGGACAAUUACGCGACCACGAGUGUCAAACUGGGUCUCGUUCAGGAGUCGAUUUAUGCCAUCAAUCGCCUUCUCGAUCUGAAUCAGAAGGUGGACGCGGACCUGUUGAGCUCGCUGGUUGACCACGCGAUUGAGGCGCAUCUGGACGACUCGAACGAGUCUCGAGUCGUCCAGACGAAGCUCCGGACGGUGCUAGGGAGGAUUACCGCCAAGACCUCGAACGCCGACCUCUGGUCGAUUUAUGCCAGGUAUUAUCAGUCUCUGGGAAAUGCGGAGAAAGUGGUUGAGUUUAGGCAAAAGCAGUGCCGAAGUUUACAGACCUUUGGCUGGGAAAAGAGUUUGGAGAAGGCUGAGCGCGUCGUCGAGGGGUUCAGGCUUCUCGUCGAGGCGCUGGAGCAGGGCGGGGAUAAGAACUCCGCGUACGGUGCGAAGCUUCAGGUGAGGUCGAUGUUGAAAAAAUUGAAAGAAAACUUUGAGUUUUCCGAGACGUACAAGGCGUUAGAACAGGCUAGUCACAAGUUGGAUGCCGUGUACCAAGUGCUUCAGGCCGCCUCGUAGGCGCUCGGUUGCGCGGCUGGGCGCGCGCGGUUGUCGGCGUUCGUGGUGCUCGCAGUUUCGAUGCGCUUUACCUGUCAAAAUAGAGAGAGAUAACCGGUUGACGUUUUUACAGAGAGAGUUAGAAAUUGUUUUAUUUUGAGUUGGAUGACACGCGUUUUUGGUAGUAGUGGAGUUUGUACAGGCGAACGUUGCCCCGCACGUUGCCGAUGGCCAGCAGACUGCUGUCUGGGGAGAAGGUGAAGGAGGCCACUCUGGACAGGGGCGUUUGUUUUACGGGCCAGUUUUGGAACACGGUUUUGCUUGGGACGUGAAUUAGUCGAAAGGAGUUUCUUUUCAGAGUGGAGGCGAUGCCCAAGAGUUGGCUGUCGUGGUUGAAGUGAAGCGCUUGCACGGGCGUUGUCAAGUUGAAGAACGAUUUGGACGGUUGAGGAGUGAAGUGUCGGACGAAUUCUUCGUCGUCUAUGUUGUACAGAUUGACGACCCCUGACUCUUGUCCCGUUGCCAGGUAUUUUCCAUUUGGAGAGAUUUCCAUGGCGGUAACGGGAGACAGCCCGUCGUCUUUGAACCGCCUUGUGCACAGGUACGUUUUCAUGUUCCAUACGUACACUUCCCCGGAGGAGCCGGCGGUCCACAGUUCCGAGCCGUCUGGAAGAAAGGAGGCGCAUUUGACGUGUGAAUUCAUUUUUAGAGUCGUGACCCAUUGUUUCGUUUUGUUGGAGACGACCAGUAUUUUCCCCUCUUUGGAAAGAAACACCAAGACGCCGUUGUCUGGCGACACGAGCAUUUUGUCCAGCUUUUCGUCCUCGCACCCGAUCACCUUUUUGACGUUGUCCACUUUCCCGGAAAGCAGUUCGUAGGUGUAGAAGCAGUUUCUUAGGCCGGAUAGGUAAAUUUCGUCUUUGAGAGGACUGAAAACCGCUGUCGUGAUUGGAAAGUUUUCGAAGAACAUGCUCUGGACCAUGUGGUUCGCCUUUCCGCAAACGUCGAAGAGCCGAAGCGUUUUGUCCAUACCCGCGGUGAGGAGAAGGUUUUCCCUAGGGUGAAAUUGGCAGCACCGGACGACAGAUCUGCUGACCCCCGCCUUGUUCGCGUCUUGCAACUGAGUGAUGUAAAUAAACUUGUCCGGCAUAACGCGGGGGUCUCUUUUCGAGACCACCUUUUCUGUCGUAUUUAGAAA